CCAUCACCUGACCGCUAUUUGAAUAUUGAUGCUCUCUCUCUCUGCUGCCACCACAUUGGUCCUGCCCUCUGUGUUGUUGAUGUUGUGUGACAUUGUCUGGCUGAGAUCAUCCUCACAACACAGAGAGAUUUCACCGACAAAAUGUCCUCGCUGCUGAAGCCGUUUUCGGUGUGUGAGGGGCCUUGUGAGAGCUCCGGCGUGAGGAGAGGAUCAGCGAGCUCUGCCCCGCAUCAGCAGUCUUCAGCCCGGCGUCUGGCCGCCGCGGGGCUCGGCUCUCUGCCGGCUCACCAGCGGUCCUACGCGGCGAGGAGGAACCUGGCGGCCGCUGCAGUCGGAGGGAGGAAAAUCACGCAUCCUGGAAAGGCUAUCCUUGCAGGUGGCAUAGCAGGAGGAAUCGAGAUCUGCAUCACCUUCCCAACAGAGUAUGUCAAGACCCAGCUGCAGCUAGACGAGAGAGCGAACCCUCCGCGGUACAGAGGGAUCGGUGACUGUGUGAAGCUGACCGUGCAGGAUCACGGCCUCAGAGGGUUGUAUCGCGGCCUCAGCUCCCUGCUUUACGGAUCUAUACCCAAGUCUGCAGUGAGGUUCGGCACGUUCGAAAUGCUCAGUAACCCGAUGCGAGACGCGACAGGCCGGCUGGACAACACGCGGAGCCUUCUGUGUGGUCUAGGAGCCGGCAUUACAGAAGCAAUCGUGAUCGUCUGCCCAAUGGAGACGCUGAAGGUGAAGCUGAUCCAUGACCAGUGUUCCCUCAGACCUCGCUACAGAGGAUUCUUCCAUGGAGUUAGUGAGAUCAUCAGAGAACAGGGAGUGAGAGGGACGUAUCAAGGUCUGACAGCGACUGUGCUCAAACAAGGAACCAAUCAGGCCAUCCGAUUCUAUGUGAUGAACUUGCUGCGUAAUUGGUACAAAGGUGAUGACCCCAGAAAAGAAAUGCACCCAAUCGUCACAGCAAUGUUCGGGGCGACUGCAGGAGCUGCCAGCGUCUUUGGAAAUACACCUCUGGAUGUGGUGAAGACGAGGAUGCAGGGUUUGGAGGCGUAUCGGUACAAAAACACAGUGGACUGUGCCUUCCAGAUCUUGAAGCAGGAAGGACCUCAGGCGUUCUACAAAGGAACGGUUCCCAGGCUGGGCAGGGUGUGCCUGGACGUGGCCAUAGUUUUCGUCUUAUAUGAGGAGGUGGUCAAACUUCUGAACAAUGUGUGGAAGACCCAAUAGACCCCCCCGUGGACAAGGGGGGACAGAUCCAGAGGGAUGCACAGACCAGUGCCUCAUGCUACGCACAACUGAACACCUCUAUUCUACUUCAUCUCGGCUCUCUGCAUUUCCCUGAGCUUGUGACAUCUUCACCAGUUUGAAUAUUACAAAUCUGUGAUUUAAAGGACCUAUUCUGAACAACACGAAAAGAAAAAGGAAGAGCGAAUCUGAAAGCCGUUUUCCAGAUCACGCUUUGGAAUCGAGAGUGAUGAUUCUUACUCUGAAGGAAAAAAAGGGAAAUGAAGUACCUUAGUGAUGUGUUAUUCUUUGCUUCUGACCAAACUUGUAGACUCCACCUCGAGUCUUUUGACCAGAAAAAAAAAUACGAGUAUGAAGAGAAGAUCACAUAUUUAUUACCAAAGUUUAGAAACAGGCAAGACAACGAGCAAGUUUUAAAGGGAUAUUACAUAUUUCUGGUGUUUCAGCUUUGUAUGACUGUUGUUGCCGUGCGUGUUAACACUUAGCAUCAAACCAUAAAUGUGUCUUUUGAUCCACUGAAUACUUGACGCGAUUACGUACAUGACACUGAGCAGGAGAAGCGUCUGGAACACCAAACCGGCUCGCUGCAGCACUCCCAACACGCGCUGGUGUUGUUGUUACAGCUUCCUCGAUUGUGCUUGUGUGGCCUCAUCAAACUACAACAUUCAGUGCUUUGCUCGCUGUUUGCUCGAUAUAUCGUGCAUUGUGCAUUUCAUGGCCGCUGCUUACAACAGAGCAGCUGCUUACAGAUGUUUUCAUCAUGUAGCAGCUGUCCUGUUACACUCUGACAACAAAAAAAAAAAAAAAAAACUGGUCUGGGGCUGGCUGUUCCUCAUCUGGAAAUUGCUAUAGAGAGCCCCCCCCUCCCCUCAGAUACAUUCAUCAUUAAGUUGCACUCACAUUUUAUGGAACAAAAACACACGUAGCACAACCUUCACAUGCAGUCUUAUGAUUAGGAGUAGUGUAGGUGGUUGCGUUCUCUACAGCAGAUUAUGAAGGCU